AUGCACGCUGUUGCCUCAGUCCAGCGCGGCCACGAUCUGCUCUCCAACGCACUCCGAGGCCGUAACCGGGCUGUUUCAGAAGCCCUCCCCCCUCCGGCCGAACGCCAGCCGGAGAAGCCGCAGCUGCCGAAAGCUGCCAGCUACACCUACUUCCCACGCGUGAAGGACCUGGAUGACCCGCAGCUGUUGGAACUGAAGGGGACAAUCUCGGAAGAAGAAUUGAGGCCUGGCAUCAGCCCAGAUGAAUCGUACACAUCGUCGGAUGGCUCGAGCCCUGACGAGGAGGGGCCGCAGGAGCGGAUGCCCGAGAUGCCGCAGCUGAGGCCCAGCAAUUCGCGCCGGUCGUCGAUAUUCCUGCCUUUCUCAAGCAAGAGUCGUGAGCCCUCACGAGAGCGCAAAACCGAGCGCACCCGCAGCGACAGCCUGAAGCGAUCGGAGAGUUCGAGUGGACUAUCGCCAGUCCGAUCACUAACGCGGUUGCGGCGGAAGAGCUUUGUCGGAUCGAGGUCUUCAUCUCCUACUAAGGAGUCUGGCAGUCCCAAGAAAGAGAGUGAGUCGCGCAAAAGUUCGUCGAGUGUUGAGGCCAAUAAGCGGAAAGGGCUAGCAGUCAACGCCAGCAUUCCUGAGGAGUCCAAAUUAACCCGAGAGGCGAGCGAUAGCCCUACGAUGUACAAGAAUCGUGUUCUCACCAAGAAGAACAAGCGGCUCAGCGGCUUCUUCACUGCCUCAUCUACAGAAUCCUUUCUACCGCCUGUUCCUCCGCUUCCGAAAUCCUUCUCUACAGACAAGCUACCUUCCUAUGUACGAUCCCCAACCAGUCCGACCCACAUUCCUCCUUUACCGCAGAGCAUUGCUCCAGACAAGCUUAAAGGUCCCAAGACGGAGCCACGCAAGAAGGACGAGCUCUGGACGGUGUUCCGGACGCUCGAGGCGGACCUCCGCAAGUUCCAGCACAAAUCCAUUGCCUUCAAGGCCAAUGUCGUGCGCACUGCGCUGCUGCCGUUCCUCCGCACCUACGCCACGCAUACUUCGAACAACAAACUUCGCCCAGAAGAUCUGGAUCGACGCGCCAAUAUCUUGAAUGGAUGGUGGACAGCGCUUUUGGAGCUUCUCUCAGGGCGCAACAAUCAGUCCAUAUCUGGGACCGAUCGGCCUGCAAUCUUGGAGGGCAUCGCUGGCAUAAUGGAGAGAUCAGAAUGGAGACUGUCGCCGUCGCCAUUCUGUGCCCUUGCCGACCGAAUUGAAACAGCGUCUACCACUACUACAAAGUCCGCAGGAUCCGCUUCAUCUUCAUCCUCUGACUUUCUCACUGAAUCGGUCUAUCACAAUGUUCGCAACAUCUUCACACAAAACCUACUUUCGCAAAUGGCUUUUGUGAUUGAUAAGAUGGCACUUCGAAACGCAGCUGCCAGCUUGGUGACCUUUUGCGGAAAGACGUGCGCAUAUGCCUUCUGCUUCUGUCCUGGAAUCGCGGACAUAAUGGUGCGUCUGUGGACCCCUUCACAUGAAACGAUGAAGCGGGUUUUGGAAGAGUCAGGUAUCACACGGCUUGACAGACUUGACGACAUCUCGGAGCACAUUAUUUCCGCCUUCCCACCGACGCUCCAUUCGUUGAAGUUCAAGACUUUGACCACUCUGGCUCGGUCCCUACGUCGUUCGUCAGCUAUGCCUCUCGGUGUUGCCAAUUUAGAUUGGUACGGUGCUUGGGUAAAACGUUGGUCAGGCGCAGAGAGUGAUUUGUUUUACGUCUUCGUCAAGCAUUACCACAUACUCAUCUCUGAGUUCCUCCCAAAUACAUCGACAAGCAUACAGCGCCUGUGCGCUCCGGGUAUGAUCAUGGUUCAUAGCCAGAUCCUGGUGAACCUGGAUGCAACAAUCAACCGUCAUACUACUCAGCACCAGCCCGAGGAAACGACGAACAACUCAUCUCCCAUCACCUUCGACGAUGUCCUAGGUGAUCCGGAUGCUUCUGCCUCGACUGUGCCCAUCCCUCCAGCGAACGCCACUCGACAAAUGGCCGAGAAUCGUCUUAUCAUGUUGCUGCGUGAUUUCCUUUCUGAAAGAAAUUCUCAUAUUGCUUCCGCUAGGCAGAUCUUCGCGCAGAGUUUCAAUUGCCUACUGAAAGCAGCCGCUCGAAAAGUCUCGGUCUAUGACAACAACGCUUGCUAUACACUCUGUGACUUUCUGGAAGAGGCUUUUUCGCCAGCAGCAAGGCGAGCUUCAGCUUCUUCGAAACCCGCACCUGAUCGUCCUCUAUCGUCCGCUUCCGUCGACUCUCAGGAUUUCCCGGACGAAGCCGCUCCAAAAGGGCGAUGGAACAUCCUCCGUAGCUUCAUAGGUGCUGCGCCGAAACAAACGGCGAAGUCAAAGGGCAGCGACGCACCUAAGAAGGAGAAAGAGAACACGAAAUCGAAUGGCACCGUGGAGCCUAACGGCGCGUCCGAUGCUACGCCUGAGGUUACUGAAGCAACGAAUACCACAUCUUCGCCUCCACUACCCACCCAUCGUAGCUACAGCUUCCGUUUCUCCUUGGAGUGGGUAGACAAACGAUUCGGUACUUACCAGAAUAUGCGCCUCAGUCCACCGCGCCUGCCAUUGCCUGCGCAGGUGCUCCUUCAGGAGAAAGGCAUAAACAUCAAUGCGGUCUUGAGCUCUCAGCCUUCUGGCCCAGCGGCAACAUCCAGUCGGUACGCUGGGCGUGCCCUGGCUGAAUGGACAUUUGUUUCGCAUGAAUGCCAGAAUUUUUUCGAUCGUCGGAAGAACGAAGGAGUUCCUUCGAACAAGCAAGUCGAAACACCCACACUCGCUGUAGAAGCGUUCAGACGCCCUGGAUGA